AUGUCGUCGCCGUUGAAGAAACAGCCUGAGGCUGUAGCAGAUAAAGUACUCAAGCGAGUGGAAGUUAGCAAGAUCGCCCGAAGAUUACAGGGUCGGUUGGCUCUAGCACAGUUUAAGACGAAGCAUGGAUGGGAGGACUUGACACUCGAUACGAUCGAGCCCAAGAUCGAAGAGGAAAUUCGACGCAGACGCCUUGUCGACGGCGAUGUACUCUCCGACUCCUCGUCCAGCACAUCAGAACUGCCUUACCCUAGCAGCAGAACUACACUGAUGAGCUCCCCGCUCAAGGCCCCUCUCUUCUCAGAUGCCAUUGGAUCUAGCAACGGCAGCACCGGUCAUCGAAAACGCACAUACAACAUGGCUUCGUUUGAUAUAACCAUGUCGAGUCCAGCCAAACGAUUUCGUACCUCGCCUACCGCAUACAAAUCUUUCGAGCCUCCGCAUAAGUCAUGGAAAGCACAUCGUCAACUCACCCAAUCUUCUCCUAUCAAGCCACGAAGGCAACAGCACUUUACAACUUCUACGGGGCCUGAUGUGUCAUUUUUCCAAGGUUCUCGCCGCCCCUCUGUGGAUUUUACUGCACAAAAUUUUGCAGCACAUUCAGACGAUGACGACGACCUAUUACCCACACAUUCAUUUAUGAUUAACCAUGGCCAUGGUCAUGACCACAAUCGGACAUCACCUCCUCGAACACCGCCUAUGCGUAGUAGAUCGAUAAAUCGCCGAAAUAAGGAUAGGGGUAUGGUAAACGGUGAGAAGCCGGAAGAUGGCGCAGAUCUGUUGCUAUAUCUAGCAGCAUCUCCCUCACCGGCAGUACAUUCGACAAGGACUCGAAUGGAGCCUCCCUCUACGCCACCUCAGAAGAAAGACCUCGCAUUGCCGUCUUCGAUGAUGACAACGCCUGGAGGUGGUACCCUCUUCCCCACAACACCAGGCCAACCCUUUGACAUGUCAGAUUUUGUCAAUAUCACACCCAGCCCUGCGCAGAAGCCAUGGAAGACACCGCUGUCGCUUAAGACGCCUACAGCGAAGACGCCACUGAGCGGGGCACGACGACGCUUAACGUUUGAUGACCCAGCACUCGGGCUAUAA